AUGUUUGUUAGAUCUUCGAUUUUAGGGGAUUCAGUUUCUGGUGAUGCGUCUCUCCACCGCUGUUCUGAUUACCUUCUCUCUAAAAUCGUCAAUCAUGACCAUUGUCUCUGUUUACGCUCAAACAUACGCCCCCACAGGGGAUUGAUAGCGCUCAUCAGCGACCAGCACUUCCCACGUGACCCUUCCGUUCGCUACUCUGGGACGAAGGUGUGGAAACAAAUGAGAUUUUCGAAAACCAUUGUGGUUGCUGGCAUGAUAAAUCCGCCAAUGUUGUUGUGUGCAAGGUAA